UGAGAAGGGAGUGUGAGAGCUUCCAAUUAGAGAGAGAGGGAGAGUCGACAUUUUGGGGGUUUCGCAUUCUCUGCAUGGAGGAAGAGACGGGGAGGAAGAGGAGGAUCGAUGUCAGCAAGGUGCUGGAUAGUCUCGACGACAGCGGCGAUCCGCUUGAGAGGGUGGUUUUGCCGGAGUCAAAGCGGAAAGCUACGGCCGCGGAGGAGCAGCCGCCGAAGCAGUCCGGAAUGGGGGGCGGUGAUCAGCAGCGGGAUUAUUUAUUCGAGGACAUAGGCGAUCGCGAGCUGGAGGAGAAGAUUAAGCGGCAGAAGAGUAACAUUGAGAAACUGAGCCGCAGCUUGCCGGACAAAGGCGAAAAGCUCCGGGUGGCUCUUAUGCUGUUGGAGGACGAAAAGGAGCGGAGAAGAUGCAGUCUGCUUGAAAAGAACACCAGUAGGUGGGAGGAGCUCGCACAAGCCACGAGCUGUAAAAACAGAAACAUGGAUGAUUCUACUGGCUUCAAAAAUGAGACUGCAGCACCUCUGGCAAAGCCAAAGUCUGAAUUUGCUUGCCAUUUUGAACAAAAGAUGGAAGAAAAGUCUGAUUCUAGGACAGCCAGUGAAACUCAAACAGAAUCAUCUCUUCUUCCAUGCAACCGGCAGAGCAUGAAAAGCAAUGGAAAGUUAUUGCAAAAAGGAGGACGGAAAGGUCGAUCUUCAUCAAGAUACGUACCUCGUCAAUGCUCUAGCAGUUUUAAUCAUAAACAAGAAAAAUGUUCUCCUUCAAAUGGUGGUCAUAAAGGCGGGGCUUCUUUCCCUUGUUCACUUCGCCACGUUGCAGAAGACUUGUCUAGUUGUGGCAGAAACUGGAAUGAUGCUUCUCAAAUAAAUGGUUCAAGGCAUCAAAAGGGUCAGACAGUUGUAGAAAUUCUGGAUGAGGAGGAUGCUGAACCUGCGGACACAGCAGAGCAAGAAGAAGAACUUCCCGAGGGCAUUAGCAAGGUUAAGAUCUACUACCCAUCAAGAAAUGAUCCAAAAUCUGUAGAAAUCUGUUAUGCGGACAUUGGGUGCCUUGAUCCUGAAGGCUACUUGACAUCAACUAUCAUGAACUUCUACAUUCGAUAUCUACAACAACAAACAUCCCCAACAGACAGAGCGUUACACAACUUUCAUUUCUUUAAUACAUUUUUUUAUGAGAAACUCAAGGAGGAUGUAGCAUAUAAGGGGGACGACAAGGACUCAAAAGCUCUUAUCAGUAGAAUUAGGACAGCUUUUUUUGUGUAUAACAAGAAGAUAAAAACUACUCCUAUUCCUAUGAUGGGAGUACCAAGGAUACAGCGCCUGGUGGCAGGAAGUGAAAGGCUUCUGUCUGGCAGGAGAGCCUCAGAUAUCCCCAAAAUAUUGCUUGAAGAAAAACUGCGGGAUUUCCUGAGCGACCACGGAGCUUCCUUAUGGUCCCAUCGGCGAAAUGAAUAUGAUUGUGGUCUAUUUGUCCUUUUCUUCAUGGAGCGCUUCAUCGAAGAGGCCCCUGAAAGGCUGAAAAUGAAAGAUUUGUCAAUGCGGUUGGUGCUUCUGAAGAAUGAACCGGCAUAUGGGAUACUGACUGAAUCCGGUGCACAGAUGUAG